AUGGAUUCUCAACGCAACUUUCAGACGCUUAAGGGCAAGGUUGCUAUCAUCACAGGCGCAUCUCGUGGUCUCGGUGCAGGCUUUGCGUAUGAACUUGCAAGAAGGGGCGCCAAGAUUAUUGCAACAUAUACCUCUCCAAGUAGUGAAAGGCUUGUCAGUAAACUAUCGGAAAAGAUAGCAUCUCUUGAUCCACCAUCACAAUGCAUAGGCGUCAAAGCAGAUCUCAAGGAGGAAUCCGCCCCUGCUGAGAUAGUCCGCCAAGCUGUCGCCACCUUCGGUACCCAAAUCGAUAUCCUUAUCAACAACGCCGGCAUGGAAAUUGUCAAACUCCAUACAGAUCUUACGAUACCUGACUUUGACUCUAUUUUCUACCUUAAUGUCCGUGCACCUCUCCUGCUACUACAAGCUGUGAAACCCUACCUCCCAUCAUCGGGUGGCGGGCGCAUCAUCAACAUCUCGUCUGUAGGGGCGCGAUGCGGUUUUAAAAACUUAUCUCUUUAUUGUGCUUCGAAAGCUGCACUUGAAGGACUGACACGUUCAUGGGCUGCAGAACUUGGUGAAGAGGGACAUACAGUCAACGCGGUGAAUCCAGGGCCUGUGCAGAGUGAUUUGCUGGAUAAUAUUCCAAAAGAGAUUGUGGAUAUGCAGAAGAAGCAGACUCCGGCAGGCAAUAGGUUGGGGGAAGUUGACGAUAUUGCCCAGAUUGUUGCUUGGUUGGCUUUGGAAGAGAGUCGUUGGAUUACUGGGCAGGCUCUAUCUGCUAGUGGUGGACUGGAGAUGUACUGA